AUGAGAUCGCCUCCGACUUCUGGGGCCCGAAAGCAUAGGAAGACGUUCACGGGAUGCUGGACAUGCCGCUCUCGGAAGGUCAAGUGCGAUGAGGCGAGACCAACGUGCCUCCAAUGCCGAUCAAAGAGUCUGUUCUGCCAAGGGUAUGGAGUUCGGCUGCAGUGGGUUCAUUCCUCUGACGGAGACCAUGAUGCCCCUCGCAUGAAGAUUCAACGGAGCCAGGUCACAACUAAGCAUAAUUGCCAGUCUUUCGAAUCGGCCGAGAUAGAUGACAUCCUUGACUCCAUCGACGCCUACGAGCCGCUGGAGUCUUCUGCUCCUGGCUCUGGCGACCACUUCUUUAUCCACAACUUCGGAGUCUUGAACCCCUGUCCCCUCUCUCAAGUGGAGAGGUUGUCUACAUCUGUGAUUCCUGACGAGCACGAUUCGUCCAUGGCCUCAGAUGAAGGUUCGCCGUUUGAUAGUAUUACCGAUGAGCAACUUAACUCAUCACAUCUCGAUGGCGCAACCCCCCCUUUAUUCUUGGGUGAGGACGACUCUCAUGCACCACAAACAGACUUCGGCUCUAGUAUCUUGUUUGAUGCCAUUUCACCAUCAUUCUUUGACGCUCCCAAUUUUGCCGUGGGAGCAAUUAACGGUCAUGACUCUGAGCCGUUGCAAGACCCAGGAGCUGUACCUUUACAGCACUACGAAUGGGCCUCAACCGGCAGUGCUUUGAUCCGGAAUCCAUGCUCAUUAUCUCUGCCGGAGCAGGAACAGUUCCUCAUGUACCACUACACCCACCGAGCCGUGAACCUUUUUUGCGUGAUUGAUAACCGGAAGAGUCCCUGGAAAACAAUUCAUCUGCCUCGAGCGAUGCAGAGCAUUGGGCAACUGAGUAUCUCAGGGUCGAGCUCAUCAAUUAGAAAUGCCCUACGAAAUGCACUCCUCUCUAUAAGCGCCUUUUACCUCUCCAACGAAGGGAAAUCGCGUUUUUGUCCCGAUGAUGCUGCGAAGUGGGCGAGACAAGCAACGAUCCUCCGAGGCAGGGCCAUUGAACUUCUCAAAGAUGCAGUCAACACCGACUUCAACACUAAAUGCAUACCCAAAUACAAAGAGUUUUUAGCUACCAUGCUUUCAAUGAUCACGAUCAAUGUCAUGUCGGGAGACACAAGUACAUGUGGUGUUCACCUUGACGGUGCUUUUCGCUUCAUGACGCAGGCAAAGACCUGGAAGAGCAAGUUUUCUCCCAAGGCGCUUGCACUCCACCGCAUCUACUUUUAUCUGCAGGCCAUAUACGAAAGCACCGCUCUCCAUUAUCAUGAAAUCGGGUCUUCUUCUUAUCAGUCUCUGGAAGCAGGCGCGCAACGACCACUGCGGUUAACGUUACGUGACGGCAUUGAUCCAGCCGCCACAAGUCUCCCCCAGUCUUCUCGAUUGUCAAUCGAGCCUAACUUGCAAAUGAGCACAUACGAGUGUAUCUACGGGGUCCCCCAGAACCUCUUAGUACUCUUCUUUGAGAGCACGCGGUUGAUCCGGCGAGUGUUCUCUUUCCAGAAAAAGGAGGGCAAGGGAAAUCUGUCUGCUGAGCUUGUGAGCUACUGUGACGAUCUAGAACAGUCAAUAAUGGACUGGCCCAUUGACACUGAACUGCAACGUUGCCGGUUGGAUACUUCAGGCCCGAGCUACGACAUUAUACGGCACACAACUUGCGCUUUCCACAAUGCCUUGAUCAUCUACUUUGCACAGCAUAUCCGACGCCUCAGUUAUAGAUACCUACAUCAGUAUGUGCAAACCGUGCUCGAGAACAUCGAGGCGAUAGAGAAGAUCAAGGCAGAAUCAAGGAUCUUGGCGGCACCGAUAUACUGGCCCGCGUUUAUCGCUGCAAGCGAAGCUUUCAAUGAGACCUUGCAGAACCGCUUCAAGACUUGGUAUGAUCAGGUUGAAGUGUACGGGAUCGAGGCAAGGAGGUCAGGGAUACAGGUGCUCUUGGAGGUAUGGAAACGCGGCCCUACGACUGGAGCCGAUAUGACGAGCCGGUGGCGGAUGGUUGUGGAGGAGACUGAGGCUCACCUGAUGUUAAGUUGA